AAACACUUGUAUACCACAAUGAUUUCAGUAGUGUAGUAAGGGCUUUCUGCCUCGAUUAUUUUUCACAUUUUGCCUCGGGUCUGAAAUCGAAACAUAUUGGACGAGGCCAAAAUUUUUGGCCUCGGUUGUUUUGAAUCCGGUGCCAUAUACACCGUUUUCUGCCUAGGCCAUAAGUGAUAAAUAUUUUCUUACGUUCCAGUCCCAUACCCACCACAGGAUUUCUAUCGCACAGCUUCUGCACCAGAAUCAUCAAUGUCCCCUAACCGCGACGGCACCAGCACCAGCGCCAGUGUGGCCAAAGACGACGCUGUUUCAAAGAAAAAGGUCGAGAACGAAGAUCUGUCCGAUGAGGAUUUGGCGUUGAAGCAGCAGCUAGACCUUUACGUUGAGAGGGUUCAAGAUGCUGACGCAGGAUUGCAGAAGGUUGUGGCGGUGGAGGAGGAGGCGGAGUACUCGGAGGCGAUGGCGACGGUGCUGCGGAGGUCGUGGAGGAGGAGGGAGAGGUCGAGGGCGAAGGCGAUGCAGUCGUCGUUGUUGCUGGAGAUGCGGUUGACGCCGUUGUCGGUGACGAAAGAAAGCGAGAGAGAGAGAGACCGCGCGAGAGAGAGCAACAAAGAGAGGAACCCUAUGAAGCGCUGGCGCGAGGAGGAGGAAGAAGGGUUCAGGAAUUUCAAACCCUAAAUAAACUCUAUGGCUUCGGUUGUUAGAGGAACCGAAGCCAUUAACCCCCUUUUGGCACCGGGUCUCCUUGGACCGAGGCCUAUACCCUGAUUUCCAGCCAUUUUU